CGCGGGAUAAGAUUGCCACGCACGCCCUUCAUGACCAGGUUGAGCUCUUGAUGGUCCAUACUCUACAGAUAAUUCUAUCAUAGUGUUGUUUCUCCAGCUCGAUAAGUUUCGAGAAAUUGGGAGAUAGCUGUUUUGAACACACCAAGCCACCAGCUACAGCUCGUGCGGCACGACAGUGUCUGGCUUGGACUUUCCCCGACCAAGUUCACAAUCAAAGCAUUAAACUCACCAUGCCACCUCAAAGAGCAAUGAGGCCGCUCCAAACGGCGGUCUCGCAAGCCAGCAGAACCAUUCAACGACGCUCGGCACGAGAACUGAGCACUUUUCUCACAAGACCGAGCUCAUCGUCACCAUCGUCACCAUCGUCAUUCUCGUCACAACAUCUCAAGGUGUCCAGUCGAGCAACCGCAAUCUCAACGGUGCCAAGGUCCUUGGUGAUUACUCGGUAUUCCUCCAGCAAUUCCUCGACACCACUCAAACACACGCCCUUGUUUGCUCUGCACGAAUCGCUCGGGGCCAAAAUGGUUCCCUACGCCAACUUCUCCAUGCCUGUCGAAUACGCCGACCAGUCUCACCGUGACUCGCACCUGUGGACACGGUCGCACGCAUCCCUCUUCGAUGUGAGCCACAUGGUCCAGCACAAGAUGUCUGGCGAGCUGGCAGAGGAAUUCCUCAUGACCAUCACGCCCAGCGCGAUCAACGAGAUUGAGAAGCACCACUCGUCCCUUUCUGUGCUGCUCAACAAGUCUGGUGGUAUCGUCGACGACACCGUCAUAACCCGCAUUGGCAAGGACAGCUUCUAUUUUGUGACCAACGCCGGAUGCCGCGAUACCGAUCUGCCCUUCAUUCAGGCUGAGAUGGACGCGUUCCUCAAGUCCAAAUCCAUCUCCCCUUCCAAAGCCUCUGACAAGAUUGCCUGGCACGUCCUCGACCACCACGCCCUCGUGGCUCUCCAGGGCCCCGAGGCCGCGUCGGUGCUACAAUCCCUGAUCUUUAACGACGCCGAGGACGAGGGUCUCGACACGUCCCUGGACACGCUGUACUUUGGCACGAGCCGCUGGCUCCAACUCACCCUUCCUGAGUCUGGCAUGAACACGCCGUCCCUCUUGAUCAGCCGCACUGGCUACACGGGCGAAGAUGGUUUCGAAAUCUCCAUCCCCCCAGAGUCUGGGGAUGCGACCGAGCUCGCCACGUCCAUCGCCAAAGCCCUGACGGCGGACAACAGCAAAGUUCGCUGGGCGGGCCUGGGGGCACGUGACUCCCUCCGUCUCGAGGCAGGCAUGUGUCUGUACGGCCACGACUUGAAUGACAAAAUCACCCCUCCAGAAGCGGCACUGGGCUGGGUUGUCGGAAAGUCACGACGAACCGAGUCACCCACUCCCCCUUUCAACGGCCACGAGGUCAUCAACAAGCAGCUGGCCAGCCCCAAGGCCAUGGGUGAACGCCGGGUUGGCUUGACGCUUGAAAAGGGCCCGGCGGCCCGCGAAGGUGCCGAAAUUGUCGACGUGGAGAACGGCAACGCAGUCAUCGGGCACAUCACAUCCGGAUGUCCCAGUCCCAGCUUGGACGGACAGAAUAUCGCCAUGGGCUACAUCAAGAAUGGUUUCCACAAAAAGGGCACGAAAGUGGGCAUCAAGAUUCGGAAGAACGUCAAGAAUGCCGAAGUUGCAAAGAUGCCCUUUGUCGAGAACAAAUUCUACCGACCGUCGUAGAAACCAGUCCCUCUACAUUACAAAGAUGGAGUUCGGCUCUGUACCCGUCCGCCUUUGGGGGCAUCGCUCUGGCAACAGGAAAAUGUGUGUAUGUGUGUGGGGGCUUCCUUGUCCGACCGUGGCGCCUGCAUGUCUGGCCUUCAACUCCGCUCUCGAGCAUUCGGCACGGCCCAAAAAUGAGACCUUCGUUGCUCGUUUAUCUGUAGAGACUGAACGAAGUAAGACACCGCCUUCAGCGGGACUUUAUCAAAGCCCCCUUCCAACACACGAGCGAUGAGCUUGUGGUGGAUUGUUUUAACAACAAUGAGGACAUGGGUUGAAGGGUCUAGAACUGACCCUCUGGGGCGUAAAACUGGGUCUGCUCUGACUUUUUUUUGACGGAAAGCUACGGAUUACGACGACCGAGAACAAGGCUGCAGUAAGACAAGGAUCUUUGCUUGUAAAUAACUUCGGAGUACGGAGUAGGCGACGUGCACAAUCGGUCAGGCUAGUCCUCCAGAUUUCUAGGCAGUGAGGGUUUUGUUCAAUGCAUCCUGGCAAUUUUUACCUUAACGAGUGUUCCGGAUGACAUGAAAAUGGUAGCUGGAAUUUUGUUUCAGGAGUCCGAGGCAAGGCCUGCCAUAACGCAAUCCGUAUAGCUCGAAACUCGGGAACGAUAUUGAUCUCUCUCUCUCUGUGUGUGUGUGUGUGUGUGCCGGAUCU